AUGUCAAAGUGGACCAACGUUUUGGACAAGGUCAAGGCUCAAGCCGCCGCGGCCGGCGCACAUGCGCAACAGAUGAUCAACGAUGGGGCGCAGACGGCGCGCGGGCACGGCGAGGGCGGCAGUAUCAUGCAGCGCGCACAGGCCGGCGGUAACAACUUCAUGCAGGGCUUCACGCUUCCGGGCGAGUGCGACAAAGCCGCAAAGAUCCUCCAGAGCUUCCUCGCUGACCCGUCGAACCCGGAGUCGGCGCUCAACGCUGUCCCGAAGGAGGUCCUCCUUCGCUGCAAGGGCCUUGCUGUCUUUACCAUCUUCAAGGCUGGCUUCGUGUUCAGCGGCAAGGCCGGUUCGGGUAUCGUCAUUGCCCGUCUCCCGGAUGGCAGCUGGAGUGCGCCAAGCUGCAUUGCCACUGCAGGUGUUGGCUGGGGUCUGCAGGUCGGUGCGGACCUGACUGAGGUCGUCAUGGUCCUCAACUCGGACGAGGCGGUCAAGGCCUUUUCUCGCGGUGGCAACGUUACCAUCGGAGGCAGCGUCUCCGCAGCUGCGGGCCCAAUUGGCACUGGCGGCCAGAUCAACGCUUCCCUUGUCAACCCUGCCCCCAUCUUCAGCUACUCGCGUUCCAAGGGUCUGUUUGCCGGCCUCUCACUCGACGGCACGAUCCUGGUGGAGCGCUACGACGCCAACCACAAGUUCUACGGCAGCAACGUGUCCACGACCGACAUUUUGACUGGCCGCGUUCCGGCUCCUGAGAUUGCCUCGCCAAUGUACGACGUGAUUGAAGCCGCUGAGGGCCUUGACGAGACCGGCAUUCCGAGUGAGGCCUACAUUCCAAGUACCAACCCCAUCGCAACCGCAGCUGGCGCGCCUCCUGCCUCCACAGACAAGCCUGUCUUUGACGCAAGCGCGCAUCCUUGA